AUGAUGUUCAACAUUUGUCAACUGAUAGUCAUUGCUAACAUGAUCAUUUAUGGAUCCGAAGGUGCUAAAGUAAUUUGGACGGGUGACCAUGAGCGUCGACUGUAUGCAAAAUUGGCUGAGAAUUACAACAAAUUGGCAAGACCAGUUCGAAAUGAAAGUGAAGCUGUCGUGGUACAUCUCGGAAUGGAUUACCAACAAAUUCUAGAUAUUGAUGAGAAACACCAGAUAAUGAAUUCCAAUGUUUGGUUGAGAAUGUCCUGGACCGAUCAUUACUUGACAUGGGAUCCAUCGGAAUUCGGGAACAUCAAAGAAGUUCGACUGCCAAUCAAUAAUAUCUGGAAGCCCGAUGUAUUAUUAUACAACAGUGUAGAUCAACAAUUUGAUAGUACUUGGCCUGUGAAUGCUGUUGUGUUAUAUACCGGAAACGUCACGUGGAUCCCUCCAGCCAUCAUCCGUUCCAGCUGUGCAAUCGACAUUGCUUACUUUCCAUUCGAUACUCAACACUGCACAAUGAAAUUCGGUUCUUGGACGUAUUCAGGAUUUUUUACCGAUCUCAUCAACACUACAAUCUCUCCGGCUACCUACAAACCCAACGGAGAAUGGGAACUUCUUGGAUUGACAUCUCGACGAUCUAUUUUCUUCUAUGAAUGUUGUCCAGAACCAUAUUAUGAUGUCACAUUCACUGUUUCAAUCCGUAGAAGGACUCUCUAUUAUGGAUUCAAUCUUUUGCUCCCUUGUAUGCUCAUCUCAUCACUGGCUCUCUUGAGUUUCACUUUACCGGCGGAUUGUGGAGAGAAACUAAAUUUAGGUGUUACUAUCUUCAUGUCUCUUUGCGUUUUCAUGAUUAUGGUUGCCGAAGCAAUGCCUCAAACAAGUGAUGCUUUGCCAUUGAUUCAAAUAUACUUCUCAUGUAUUAUGUUCCAAGUUGGUGCAUCUGUUGUGGCUACUGUAAUUGCUCUCAAUUUCCAUCACCGGUCUCCGGAACAAUACAAACCUAUGCAUCAAUUUUUGAAAAGUCUACUAUUGAACUGGUUGCCAACUCUACUUGGGAUGGAGCGUCCUGAUGUUUUAGAAAUGUCAGUUCAUGGAGCACAUUACAAACCGGAAAAUAAGAAAAACCAACGUCAAUACUUAAUAGAAGUAGAACGCCAUGUCUUGACUCGGCCGAACGGAAAUGGACAUUCUGCAGUCGACAAAGCAAUUCAUUUAGAUUUGUCAACUGGUAAUCCAGAUAAUAAGAAAUCCCCUUCACCGAAAAAAACCAACGCGGCGAUUGUUGGGAUGGGAGGAUUGCCAACGACCCAAAUGAAUGGAGGACUGGAGUCUUCAAUAAAUAAAUACACAUGUACAAAGGUAACGCGUCCGAUGGAAAACGGUUCGAUCACUCACAAGGCAUCCUCUCCGCCAACGAAUCUAUCAAAUAACAAUAACAUUUUUAAAUCGAACAAUUCGAAGCCUCAAACCGAAGAACGUCACUUUCAUCACAUUCUCAAUGAACUUCGUGUGAUUUCGGCUCGUGUUCGAAAAGAAGAAGCCAUGCACGCUCUUCAAGCUGAUUGGAUGUUCGCGAGUCGAGUCGUUGAUCGUGUCUGUUUCCUUGCUUUCUCCGCAUUUCUCUUCAUGUGUACUGCUAUUAUUUCUUACAAUGCCCCACAUCUAUUUGCAUGA